CUUCCUUUUCUUUCAUUUUCUUUCUUUUUUUUUUUUCUGUUUGUAUGUCUUCUACAACUUAUACUACACUCGAUAUCCCUACACGAAGAAAACCUUUCAACUAUUCUUAUUAUCUCUAUGGCAGUAUUAUAUUCAUCCUUAUUAUCAUCAACAUCAUUAUAUAUUAUUAUUUACUUUUUCAUCCUUCACCAGACCCUUCACCAAUAUUUAUUGAUUUGACCAAAGUCGUCAAUAAUCGAGGAUUUGGCAUUCAUGACGGCAAUUUUGAUGGACUGGAUCAAUAUUUCACCUGUUCGAUAUUGACACAACAGCAACCGUCUAUGUAUAUUGGCAAUAUUCCUUUCCAGCCUAUUCAUUCCAGCAACAAAUUCAAUGAUGCUACUGCACGUGGCCAGGUGAUCACGUUACCCAAACGUACACUGGGUGCUUUAUAUUUACUAGCUUCCGCAAGCCAUGGUCCAGUCACAACUUCUCAUCUUGCUGUGACCUAUCAAGAUGGUUCCAUCUCCUCCACUAUAUUGGAUAUCCCUGAUUGGCAAGUAGCUCAGCCUGAACAUAUUCAUCGUCUUGAUCGUACAUCAUGUCAAAUUAACACACAAGUGAACGGGUCUCUUUAUUUGGUGCCUCUGUAUGUUGAUCCUGCCAAGACUGUUUCUCAUUUGACUCUACCAUAUACUUACCCUGUUGGCUCAUUUGCCCAAACUCUACAUAUUUUCGCCAUCACUGCUUUCCCUGCCUCUACUUCUCAUGCCGUACAUAUCAUUUCCGCCACACCAACAUUACAAUGGAUACAACAAGAAUCAUCACAAUGGAUUAAAGUACGGAUUCACAACAUUAGUCCUUAUUGUCUUGACAAUGUCAUAGUCGAGAUCAAUAGCAACAAUCAUGGGAAACAAGAGAAUGAUAUUCAGACAAUUCGACAUGGUCAUUUACAGCGAUUUGCUUCGGGACAAAUAGCAGUUGUCAAGGUGGCUGUUCGUCUUGGAUCAUCAUCAUCAUUAUCAUCUGAAUCGACUUUAAUAUCAGUUACUUCAAAAUCAAGAAUGGGUAUUCAAACCACUGUGGCACAAGAAGUUUUGACAUUAGAUCUAGGAGGCAUUAGUAAUUUUACUGAAGAUGAAAGUUCCCUGGGUCAUCAUCAAGCUCCUGAUUGGUUACGUGGAGCCAAGUUUGGUAUCUUUAUUCAUUGGGGUGUAUAUUCUGUUCCUUCAUGGUCUAAAGUGGGUGAAUCCUAUGCAGAAUGGUAUUGGUGGCAAUUGAUGCAACGUGAUAGUCCGACUUUUGAAUAUCAUCGACAAACCUAUGGUGAACAUUUUGAAUAUGAUGAUUUUAUUGAUCAAUGGAAUACUUCAUCUUUUGAUGCUUACCAGUGGUUGGAUGUUGUUGAUAAAGCCAAUGCUAAAUACUUUGUCUUUACUACCAAACAUCAUGAUGGUAUUGCCUUGUUCGAUACAAAAGUGAGCCAACGAUCGUCUGUCCAUUUGAAACCUCAGCGUGAUUUUGUUCGUGAAUUGAUGGAUGUAUCUCAAACUUCCUAUCCUCACCUUAAACGUGGUCUUUAUUUUUCCUUACCAGAGUGGUAUCAUCCGAAAUAUCAUGAUGAUUGGCUUGGAUGGCAAGGUCCUCCUAGAAACGCAUAUAAUCAUUCCAUUAUCCCUUAUACCGCAAGCACUCCCAUCAAUGAUUUUGUCAAUGAAUUGCAAGUGCCUCAAUUCUUGGAGUUGAUCAACAAUUAUGCUCCCGAUAUUAUAUGGUGUGAUAUUGGUGGCAUCAACAAUUCAACAGCAUGGCAGGCAGAAUACUUUAAUCAAGCAAAAGCACAAGGUCGACAAGUAGCAAUCAAUGAUCGAUGUGGUAAUAGUGUGUCUGAUUUUACAACGGUUGAAUAUCAAGAUGUCUCCAACAUUCCACCAAGAUUUUGGGAAGCAACAAGAGGAGUUGAUCCAUACUCAUUUGGAUAUAAUCACGAAACGUUACCAGAACAAUACGCAUCGACGACAUCUCUGAUUCAUGAACUGAUCCAUGUGGUUGCACGUGGUGGAAAUUUUUUACUGAACAUUGGACCUGAUGCUAGUGGACGUAUUCCUGAACCGAUGCGGGAUCGAUUAUUGGCUAUUGGGAAAUGGUUGGAUCAAGUAGGGCCAAGUAUUUUUGAAGCAACCGAUGAACCUUAUUGGGUAACGCCACAGGAUACUGCCACACCGUCUCAAACCAUCCUGUUUACUUAUCAUCGUCUGGGCUCUUCGUUUUAUAUCUUUUGUCUGGAAAAACCUAUCUCUGGUAGAGUCAUCAUCAAAUCUCCCAUCCCAUUGCAUCCUCGUGCGUUUAUUCGUUUGAUGGGUGAUCCGUUGCAUGAAAGCUUGGACUGGCGUGUAUGGGAUAAUGGCAGGUUAAUCAUUGAAGUACCGGAUCGUGUGGUGCAAUUGGGACAACAUGCUUGGGUAUUUGAAUUACGUUUUCCUUGAUUAUCUAGCCUAAUGUGGUUUUAUAUAUUGUACUGAAAUAAACUAUUUAUCUAUUUAUUUAUCAUCC